AUGUCGUCCCCUCUCAACACCGAACAACUAAAUGUUUUUCAUGCUCAAGAUAGAGAGAUAUUCUCUAAAUUGGUCCUGAAAUACUCAAGACCUCCAGCUGAGUCUCUUCUUGUCAUGGCCACAUGGCUUUGGCUUGAGGACUUUAAGUUUGAAAACAUCUUCUCAAUCAUCGAGGCUCUCACAGAUCCACUCAUUGUGGCUCUUGCUGAUGAGGCUGUCUCAUGCUUUCAGUGCCUUGAAUCUACCGAUCCCCCAAAUGGCUUAAGUCAAAUCCCUCUCAGUACCAAAUAUUUUAAAAACGACAUAUCGAUCGAACUAAUCUACAAGAAUCGGUAUAGCGCUAUCACAGGAAUCAAGAACUUCUUGAACACCGUUUGUUCUAGAAUUUUCUCAGACAUCCUUCAACGAGUUCUCCCAUCUUCUUCACCAUCAUCUUCCUUCGGCAGUACAAGACUUCGCCAACCUCUUAGCAUUCCUGGGUUCCCUCAUCCGACUUUUGGGAGCAUCAACGUAAUGCUUGACAACAACUUGUUUUUCAUCCCUCAUGGUCUAUGGGGAUGGAAUGCUAACUGCAUCGCAACUGAGAAUGACCGCACCUUGUUUCUUACAUUUUCUCGUGGGUUUCCAGUAACUCAUGCAGAGGUAUAUGAACUCUUCACUAAGGAAUUCGGAGAAAAUUGUGUUGAGAGCGUUAUCAUGCAACACGACUACAAAAACGCUUCCAAUAAUGCAUAUGUGAAUGGCAGCAGCUGGCAGCAGGAACAAUCACUAUUCGCGAGGCUUAUGUUGGAUUCGGUUGCUAGUGUGGAUCGCGUACUCAACGGCCAGAUGAAAAGAAGGUUUGAGUUGUACGGAAAACACAUUUGGGCUCGUAAGUAUAAGAAUAGGACAAACCUAUCUAAUUGA